UACAAGUAAUUGAAAUUUUAAAACGAUCAUUGCAGCUAACUAGCUCGGAUUUAAGGUUGUUGCGAGGUGUUAAUGCUGAUGGACAGUACCAAGCGAGUACAUUUCAAACGAAACUAUACGAGCUUUUGGGGAUGCAUCGAAAACCAGAUCCAUACUUUCUUCUUCCUUGGGAUGCAUCCCACUGGCUAGACCUAGCGAUCGUUGAGCUACGUGAAAACUCCUUGUCUUCCAAUUUUAUCAAGCUUAUCAUCAAACGCUCUAAUCGCUUGCACACAUUAUUUGGAAGUAGCCGAGGACAUGCUGAGUACAAGACGUAUUCCAAAAAUCAAGGAUUAAAAGCGCUCGAAACUGUGACAUAUGCAACCACGCGAUUUUCCAGUUCUGCUUUCGAUCAAUGGAAGAAAAUUUACAAUAGUUAUCCCGCUUUGGUUACGGCAUACAGUGCAAAUCGAGAAGAUAAAAAGGAUGAUUGUGACGAGACAAAAUACCAACUCAGAAGUCAAGAUUUUGCCAUAGAUCUAUGUGGAAUAAUUGAUGUGUUUCAGCCAGUUGUUUCGUUAAUGAUCAAAUGUCAGAGCUUAAACGUGCCUCCCUUGAAAAUUGUUGCUUGGUUUCCGAGAGUCAUUGAUAUCUUGAAGGAUAUCAGGACAGAAUUAAAGCGACUUAAGGACGGAGAUGUUGUAAAACCAGCUGAAAAGUUGUUGCCAAGACUUGCAAAACAUUGGCAAGAAUUAACAAAAGAAGAAAUUGAAGAAUGUUCGUUUCAAGGAAUACAAGUCUGCGAAGGAUGGCUCGUAGUCAAUGAGAGUGAGCAACUCGUCGAAGAACCGUCUACAGACAAGACUGGGAAACAACAUAAGAGAAAGACUUUUACUUGGGAGGCACGAUCACCAAAUGAUUGCCUAGAUGGUCUUUAUCAACUCACAGAAGAUAUUCCAAUGUGUCUGGCAUCUCGCUACAAAAACAUUAAGAUCGACAACAUCACUAAGUUAGAAGCUGUGUUUGACAUUGAGGGACUAACAAAGCUUCUUUGUCAUUUUUCUCACGCGAAUGUCAGCAGGACUGGAAGACAUCUUUGGGAUCUUCGCGGGAAAAUAGAGUUUGCCGAUUUUUUCAAGUAUGUUUGCCAUUUGCCUCAUGUCAUGCAGCUACUAGACGACCAACCAUUACUGAAACUGUUGCCACAUAACAGUGAUAGUGUCUUAGAGCAAUUUAAAGAAACUGUGCUUAGAAUGGUCUGGGAAGGUCUUGGUAAUUGUCGUUCGUAUAUGUUCAUCGAUGAAAAGGACCAACCAGUGACAGAAUUUGAAAAGGAGCAGCUAAUUUCCCUUAAAUGCAUUGAGGAUCCUGCACUAGAUUUGUGGUUUACUCUGAAAUUUUCUUCGGGAAAGGCAGUGAAAGCAAGGAUCAACGAAGAAUUUGUGUACACCAGCAUGUACACAAAUGAAGAUAUAAUAAGGUCAAUUGGUCAAGAAAUGUGCAUCGCACUUGACGUAGCUCUUUCCACAAGUGGUUGUGAGGCUAUAGUAGAAGGAUUUUAUAGUCUUAUGGGUACUCACAAGAAAACUGGAGGCCAAUCUAAUGAGGUUUUGGUUCAUAGAUUUAUAGUAGAUUGGUGCGUUCCCCAGCCCGUUUCAUGUCCUCGUACCAUGAGGGCCAUUGCAGAAAUUUAUACAAACGGUGAUGAAGACUAUAAGCUACCAAAGCAUCGGCUACCAUAUUUUAAAGAAGACAGAGCGUCAAAUUUUGAAGUGAGCAAAGUUGUGGAUAGAGUGAGGCAUGAGCCUCCUCGAUGUCCACAUGUUUUGCAUGAAAAUGAUUUUGGUGAACUAUGACGGAGUUGUACUCACUCAAGGAUUUAUAGUUUUAAAUGCGAUAUUUUAUCUUUUAGUUUUUACUUUAUCUGUAAACUGUAAAUGUACACUGUAAUUGUAAAUGCUUGUUGCCAUUGUAAACUAUUCAACAAACACGCAAGAGCUUAAA